CGUCACGGUCUCCGCUUUGUCGUCAAAAGUGGCUCCAUUCCGAGCUAGAUGUCGCCCUAUCACUUGCUGUCUGAAUAAGUUUGUGCCAUCAGGAUGCUUGGAUGGAUGGGUGGUCAAACUGAACGCGCUACAGACGACUCCAAGGUUAUGGAGCCCCCGGAAACUCCUGCGCCUAUUUUUGCACUUCGCGCGUUUCAGAGCGCGUUGUUCGGAACCCCCAAAGCCGACGAUGAAGACAAUACCAGCGUUCACUUGAAAUCCAAGGGGGAGGCCCACAACCAACAGUUAAACAAGAACAACUCCUUGCCAAGGCUGAUUGAGCGAAAUGGAGACAGUUCAAAAACCGAUUCAGGUGAAAUCGAUCUGGCUGUGAACGCGAUGGCAUCCCCGACUAAAAGCAUCCUCAUGACACCCGGCACCGUGUCAAAUCGACGGAAGACAGUUUCUUUUGGAGAAGGCGUGAUCGACAAUGAACGCAAGCGCGAUGAUGUCUCAACCAAACCGGUGAAGACCCCAAUACCCGCUACGGGAAUUAUCAGCAGUCAGUGGGCAUCGAGCUCGUCGGAAGGAAAGCGAAGCAAACUCACCCAGGCGCUACUGGACUCACGCGAAAACCCUUCUAGAACAUCUGAGAAAUCCUCUCAAAAGCCGGAUGAGACUCGCUCCUCAAAAGGUACUGCUAAUCCUGACGCAGCGCCCGCUCAAGGAAAUGACAAUGAAGAUACGAUCAACAUGAACGAGCCACGCUCUCGGUCCGGCAAAUACUGGAAGGCAGAGUUUGACAGCUACCGGUCAAAAACAGCUUUGGAGAUAAGGAGGCUGAUCCAGUAUCGCUCGGCCGCCAAAACGUACGCGAAGAAGAAGGAUGAAGAGGCCUGCCGCCUAGCUGCAAAGCUGAAAGAAGAAGAACUCAGGGUUGAGGAAAUGGAACGCCAUGUGACGCAACUUGCCUCCACUAUGGUUGCGGAGAACACACGGGCAGAUAAAGAGCAACUUGUCCAAGAUUUGACGAAGCAGACAGCCCUGGCGCUACAAUAUAAGCACAAGGUCAGCUUGUUACGUAAGACCUUGGAACAGCACGGCGUUGUCGGCAGCGACAUCGACGAAAUUGCAGGAGCAUCAGAACCUAGCGUUGCCCCCAGAGAGACGUCGGAAGCUUUACAGAAAUCCCAGCAGGCGUUAGCAGAGGCGAACGCCAAAAUUGAGGACAUGAAGCGGCAGCAGUCAGACUUUGAAAAACUCAAAGGACUUGCUCUGAGCUCCGAACAGAAAGCCUCUGACUUGGCGAAGGAGAACGCGUCUCUCAAAUACACACUUGCGCGGUUUAAGCAGGAAGCAUCAAAAUAUGAAGGCCGACGCAAAGAGAGGGAAGCGAGGCUGAAGUCGCGGGAGUCCAAGCUGGAGACGCGGAUUCAGGAGUAUCGUGACAGGCUAAAGUCAGCAACUCAGCAGCAUCGAAAGCAGGAAGAAGAGUUAAAGCUAUCAUUUGACCAAGAGCGCCGCCAGAUGCAGGAACAGAUUGAUAUGCUGAAAACGAAACUACGAGCUUUCGAGAGCGCGACAGAGCUCAGGGCGCGAGCUCGCCCAGAGAGCCGCAUAGAUUAUGAUGGGAUUCAUACUUAUGACUUUGGCGCUACCAGUCCCCAAAAAGAUGCCCUUGACGAAACCGGUGAAACUGACCAACCACCCAGUCCAAGUCCGCGGGGCAAGGAUCGCCCUCCGUUGAGUCUAGGGACCGAUCUGACAGACUCGGAUCUGAGACAGGCGAUGAAGGAAAUGGGCAUUGAAGAUAUUGAUGAAAAAUUCAAUAAUCUGGGAAUAUCUCCUCUAAGGUCAUUCAAGCCUCCUCGUUAUCGAGACGACACCGAUAUUCUCCCGCCGUCUUCGCCGCCUGAUUUUGGGACGUGGGCCGCUUCAAACCAACGGCGUAAUCCAGAAACCCGUAACUCGCAUCUACUCUACGUACCACGUCAAUCUUCAGAUGAUAGUCACAAGGUCCAAACCAAUCGCCUCCAGUCCCGACGCGCAGCUACGAAAUAUGCUCCCGACCACUCGUCCUCAGGACCGGAUACACAUCAAAUGGACCGCGCACGGAGACGGCAAACUGUUGCUGCUGCCGCUACUACUUCACAGCGAGAUUCAUUGUCGUUGGACCGAAAGAUGGCUGCCCAGGCGCGCCUCAGACGAAGGGAUGACUCCCGCAAACUAAUUAGAGAUGAUGGCAAGGAGAACAUGCGGACAACAGUGAGAGCUUAA